CCUUUGUUUUAUAGCGAGCGAGCGAGCAUAGUAAUAAUAAUAAUAAUCCUAAUUCCAAACCCAAACUCUUUCAAUCCUCACUUUCCUCGCUUCGCUGUGUCGGAGAGAAAUCAGAAAUGGAAAAUAACGCUGAAUCAGAGAAAACGAAAGGGAAAGGAAUCCCCAUUCACGGAGGAAAAUACGUGCGUUACAACGUCUUAGGCAACCUUUUCGAAGUUUAUGCUAAGUACGCUCCUCCUCUUCAACCCGUUGGACGCGGCGCAUACGGCAUCGUUUGCUGCGCCACGAAUUCCGAGACCAAAGAGGGAGUUGCGAUAAAGAAGAUCGGAAACGCCUUCGACAACAGAAUCGACGCCAAGAGGACGCUCAGGGAAAUCAAGCUUCUCUGUCACAUGGAGCAUGAUAACAUAAUUAAAAUUAAGGACAUAAUUCGGCCAGCGGAAAGGGAAAAGUUCAAUGAUGUGUAUAUUGUGUACGAAUUGAUGGACACCGACCUGCAUCAGAUUAUACAGUCUAAUCAAGCUCUCACGGAUGAGCACUGCCAGUACUUUUUAUAUCAACUCUUGCGAGGAUUGAAGUACAUUCACUCUGCAAAUGUUUUGCACCGAGAUCUAAAACCAAGCAAUUUACUUCUCAACGCAAACUGUGAUCUUAAAAUAUGUGACUUUGGGCUUGCCAGAACCACCUCAGAGACCGACUUUAUGACUGAAUAUGUUGUCACUCGUUGGUACAGAGCCCCUGAAUUGCUACUGAACUGUUCAGAAUAUACUGCAGCCAUUGAUAUUUGGUCGGUUGGUUGCAUUUUGAUGGAGAUAAUUAGAAGGGAGCCUUUAUUUCCUGGUAAAGAUUAUGUCCAGCAGUUGGCCCUUAUAACUGAGUUAUUAGGUUCACCAAAUGACUCGGAUCUUGGAUUCCUGAGAAGUGAUAAUGCAAAGAAAUAUGUUAAACAACUCCCCCAUGUAGAAAAGCAAUCUUUUGCAGAGCGGUUUCCUGAGAUUUCCUCGUUAGCAAUUGAUCUUGCGGAGAAAAUGUUGGUCUUUGAUCCCUCCAAGCGCAUAACUGUCGAGGAAGCACUGAAUCACCCAUACAUGGCAAGUCUUCAUGAGAUCAACGAGGAGCCCAUUUGCCCAAUUCCUUUCAUCUUUGAUUUCGAACAGACAGUUCUCAACGAAGAAGACAUAAAGGAUCUCAUAUGGAAGGAGUCUCUAAACUUCAGCCAGGAUCAAAUGUUGGAAUAGCCGUAGUAAAAUGAUUUAUCAUUAGAUUCUAUGGAAUUUCAUAAUACAGGUUUGGAGUUGGUUGGGAAAGUGGUUUUAGUUUUAUAAAACAUGUUAUGAAUUGUUCUUUAGAGGUUUGGAGUUGCAAGUGCUGCAUAUGAUUCUGUAAUCAAAGUGAUCAGGGAGAUAGGUUCUCCCAGUUCCGUUGUCCUGAGGGGGCAAUGUUUUUUACCUUUUCUUUUAUUUCCAGGGAGGAUUAUGAUACCCACAAAGCGUUGGUGCUUGUUACAUAAGAGGGGCAUAUGCCAUAUGCCUCCAAGCCGUUUUGUUUGGCUAUUGUAUAAAUAUCCAAAUAUAGUAGUUAUACAGAAGUUAUUAAAGAUAAGCCACAAUAUAGUGGUUUUUAUUUUUGGGUGCUUAUAAAUUAUAAUAGUGGUUUUGUUGUCGCUA